AUGGCUACUGAGAAAAAAUUGAUAUAUAUAACAUCAGAUGAACAGUUAGUUCAUGAAGUAUCUUUAAAAAGAAGUAAAAAUACAUACAUAGUCGAUUUGGAUACUGGUGAACCCAUUAGUGCGACGGUAUCAAAACAUAGUUCAACAAGCGAUCGAAAUAAUCAACAGUCAAAACGUUCGAGAAAAUCAAUAACAAAUUCAAGAUGUGUUAUUUGUGGUGAUCAUGCUAUUGGGUAUAAUUAUGAUGUUCUUUCAUGUGCUUCAUGUAAAGCAUUUUUUUAUGGGCAUGCUUAUGAGAAUUUGAUUAAAAUGUUUGACAGUAUGAAUGAAAAUGUUGCUGCAAAUAACAUAGAAGAUUUCGAUAUUAUUCAAAACGUUCAAUCAUUAUUUUUAUUCUAUUUUGAAAAUCAAUUUGACCAUCUUCCUGAAACAUUUGAUCUAUCCGAUAAUGUUUCAGCAAUCAUAUCUUGGGCACAACAUGAUAGUGAAAUUGCCCUUCAAACAAUUCGGUUUUUUCGUCAAAUAACGGAAUUCGAAAAUUUACAUGCAGAUGAUCGAUUUAUUUUAAUUAAAUAUAAUUUAUUUCCACUUAUGCUAAUUCGCAAAUCUUAUAAUUAUCGACCAACAAUUUUACGUAAUGCUGUCGAAAUACAACAAGAAGAAGAACGAGCCACAAGAGCUCAAAUUCUUUUUCAAAUGUCAAAUGAUUUGAUAAGUAGAAGUAAUCUAUUAACUCUUGUUAUUAUUCAAUUUACUGAACAUGAUCCAAUACUAUUGUCACUUCUAUUAGUAAUCGGUUUAUUCUCUCCAACUUUGUCAUUGAAUCUUGAUGAACCAAUAUUUAAAGAUUCACUAUCAAUCUAUCGAGCACAAGCUAUCUAUACGAAAAUCUUAUGGAAUUAUCUCAUUAUGAAACAGAGUGAAGCAAAAGCACAACAGAAAUUUGUGCAAUUAAUGGAAAUUCUUCUUCGAAUUCAAUUAGCAAAUGUAACAGCCCGAAAAUUUCUUCACGAUCAAAUAACCACUACAAACACUGUAGAUAGAAUAACAGCACUUAUGCAGACUAUUUUACAAAUUUCUUAA